UUGGAAGAGUUCGAGAAAGCUGUCAGGUUGAGCUAUGGACAACGUGGUGAUGAUCAUACAACAGCUAGACAUAAACAAUUUAUUGCUGCCAUUGAAAAUCAAAUUUCUCAUGUUGAAACAGCAUUAAGGGAAUCAUUUAGUGUGGAAGGAAAGCAACCCCUUCGAUGGGUACACCUGGAUGAAGAAGAAUCUGAUGAUUUUGCUGCAUUUCUGUCUGGGACACCCCAGAGUAUGCUAUGUGCCAAAAAUGAAUAUGUAGAACUUGGACCUUCUGUGAAAAGCUCUGAGGAAAAUGACUUUAGAAGAAAAGACGUGGACCUUAAAUCUAAUGCUGCCUGCAGCAGAGACAUUUCUGAUGAAAUAAAGGGUGUUAAAGAUGUUAUUACUAUAUCUAAGAAUCCAAAUUUUGUCAUGGAAGUAAAGGGGAAAGAAAUCGCAGGAAUGAGGGAUGAUAUAAUUUAUGAUGCAGAUAGAACAACUAGUACAAGGAAGGCAUGCAGUUCACCAAAUUUUGGUGAGUUGAGGAUCAUAAUAGCUGACGAAGUUAAACACAGACAAAAACUAAUUCCGGGGUGCGAGGACACACCUAAAGAAAAAGGAUCCAAACUUGUCUUUUGGAAGCAAAGGUGUGCGCAAUUGCAUCAGGUAACAGCAGCAGUUAAUUUGUUCAACCAGCUGUUUGGUCGGGUCGGUGCAUCUCAGAAGCAAGUACAAAGUCCACAGAAACAAUGGCAAACACCACUACGCUUACAUAAUCGUUGUUCUGUUCAAGCUACCCUUGGUUUAAUGCUCACUGUUUUCCUGCUUGUACCGUUUGUAUUUUAUUCAAACUGAGAUAAAGUGGUACAUACACUGCAUCUGAUCAAGA